AACAAAGAUGGCGGUUGAAGCCUCUGUGAGGGCAGACUGAUUGAACACCCGAGCCCGCGGCGGACUGCGAAGACAGUUGGUAGCGGCGUGGUCCCGACCAUGGAGGAGGGCGGCAGCGCUGGCAGCGGUGGCAGCGACAGCAGCACCAGCGGGAGUGGCGGGGCGCAGCAAAGGGAGCUGGAGCGCAUGGCUGAGGUCCUGGUCACCGGGGAGCAGCUACGGCUCAGGCUGCAUGAAGAAAAGGUUAUUAAAGAUAGGCGACAUCAUCUCAAAACCUACCCAAACUGUUUUGUUGCAAAAGAACUGAUUGACUGGCUGAUUGAGCACAAAGAGGCUUCUGACAGAGAGACGGCAAUUAAACUCAUGCAGAAAUUAGCAGACCGGGGCAUUAUUCAUCACGUGUGUGACGAGCAUAAGGAAUUCAAGGACGUCAAACUCUUCUACCGCUUUAGAAAGGAUGAUGGUACCUUCCCCUUGGACAACGAAGUGAAGGCCUUCAUGAGAGGACAGAGGCUAUUUGAGAAGCUGAUGAGCCCUGAAAACACGCUCCUGCAGCCCAGGGAAGAGGAAGGGGUCAAGUAUGAGCGCACCUUCAUGGCAUCUGAAUUCUUGGAUUGGUUGGUUCAGGAAGGUGAGGCCACCACAAGGAAAGAGGCAGAGCAGCUUUGCCACCGGCUUAUGGAGCAUGGCAUCAUACAGCAUGUGUCCAACAAACACCCAUUUGUGGACAGCAAUCUUCUCUACCAGUUCAGAAUGAACUUCCGUCGGAGGCGAAGACUGAUGGAGCUGCUCAAUGAAAAAUCCCCCUCCUCCCAGGAGACUCACGACAGUCCCUUCUGCCUAAGGAAGCAGAGCCAUGACAAUCGGAAAUCUACCAGUUUUAUGUCGGUCAGCCCCAGCAAGGAGAUCAAGAUCGUGUCUGCGGUGAGGAGGAGCAGCAUGAGCAGCUGCGGCAGCAGUGGCUACUUCAGCAGCAGCCCCACCCUCAGCAGCAGCCCCCCUGUGCUCUGUAACCCCAAGUCCGUGUUGAAGAGGCCCGUCACUUCUGAGGAACUCCUGACUCCCGGGGCUCCGUAUGCAAGGAAGACAUUCACGAUUGUUGGUGACGCUGUUGGCUGGGGCUUUGUGGUGCGAGGAAGUAAGCCAUGCCACAUCCAGGCUGUGGACCCCAGUGGCCCUGCAGCCGCGGCAGGAAUGAAGGUAUGUCAGUUCGUCGUCUCUGUAAAUGGGCUCAACGUGCUGCACGUUGACUACCGGACCGUGAGCAAUCUGAUUCUGACGGGCCCACGGACCAUUGUCAUGGAAGUCAUGGAAGAGUUGGAGUGCUGAGCACGUGACCCUCCCAGUUCUUGGAGCAGCCUGUGGAUGAUGAAAGCCAGAACAACACAGGGCAAUGCGAUGACAAGACUUCCAUACAAACGGAUGGCUUUGGGCAUACCAAUCUUUUCUCUGAACAUAGACGUCUUAAUUCGAGUUUCAUACACUGUUUGAAUGUGGAAGAACCGGGUAAUACAUGGUUAAAAGAUAAAAAGCUUAUGUCAGUGUAGAGAAAAUUUGUGAAACAGAAUUUUCUUUCAUGCUAGAAUUGCCUUACUUGAUUUCUAUUUGUAGCUCUCAUCCAUUGUUUUUUAUCUUAGUUUGCAGAAAGUUGUUGAAAUGCUUCUCUAGCCAAAACUGCAACAGGAUGAAAUCCCCUUGUUAGCGGUCACUAGAGUAGUUUUUACGGACGUAACAUUGAACUCCCACCAAAAUUAGCAUGGAACUGUUCAUUAGAGGAUCUAGAUUUCACUGAACUUCAAAUUAAAGCAAUAUCCAAAGGAAUAUUACCUGUUAAUUAGAAUUUUGAAGAAGGUUCUAAAGCAUUCAAGUGUUUAAAAGCCAUCAGAAAAAUGACUUUUUCUUAAUUCCUGCCUUUAGUAUCAACUUUUAACUUAACAUAUGGUUUCAAUUAUGGCAUUAGUUAAAACACACAAAUUUUGUGACGAUAUGGGUGGGUCGAUGGGGAAGAUACAGCUUAAAAUUGUUUUCUGUUUUCUCUUUCUGAGCCUAAAUCAUUUUGUUCUAUCAAUCAACUACAGCAGCUUUCUAGAAUUAAUCCUGAAUAUGGUGAAUGUCAAAACAGAGACGUUUGUAUAUACACAUAUAAUUCAAAAUCAACAAGCCUCUGGCAAGAUUUGACUUUGAGACUGUCCCUUUUUAAGUGAAGUAUUCUAAAACUUGGCUCAUAUGUGAUAAAACUUGAAACUAAAUUGCCUAUUGGCCUGAAUUUUUAAUAGCUUUCUAGUGUAACAUAUUCUAAGGACAUGAUAUGCUGCUUAUUUGGCAAGAUUAUUUUUCACCAAAAGCACCCACCUGUGCUGUAACUUUUCAGCUCGCUUGUAUAUAUGUAUGUUUCUUUUCGUGGUCUAGAAAAGAACACCUUUUGGGGCUUGGUGUAUAGAGGAAACUCCUCAAAGUGCCAAAUUAGGGAGUCAGGGAAUGCUAAAUUCUUCUUAAUAUCAUAUAAUACAUUCUGAACGAUGAAGUUACUUUCUUAUCGUGUAUUAACAAAGUAAAAUAUGAAUGUUGUACCUCAGCCAUUUUUUGUGAUAGGUUAUCGUAAGUAUUGGUACUGGUGGAAUAGACAUGCUGUGCUAACGAUGUUACGUAUAUAUAUGUUUCUGGUAAUCCAACUUUUCUGAUCUGUAGCUUUAGUCAGAGAUUAAGAUUUGGAAGUAAUACAGAAAGUCUAACAUUAAUAUUGUCGAUCUACAUUUGAGAAAUAUUAUCAUCUCUGUGUGUAUGUGCAUUUAUACUGUAUGCCAGGCUCUGUGCUAUGACAUUUAACAUAUAUGAUCUCUUUUAAUCUUCAUCACAACCCUGCAAGGUAGUUUUAUCACUCUCAUUUUUCAGAUGUGGAAACUAAAUCUGAGCAAGGUUAAAAAGAGUCUCUAAGUUCACACAGCUGCAAAAGCCUGGAUUCAAACGUGGAUUUAUUUAGUAUUAAACACUUUACCACCCGCACCCCCACCCAAACCUUUCCCCAUUUAGGGACCUUCUGUUGAGGGCUUAUUCUGUAGCCGGUGCUGUGCUAAAACUGUGUUGCUUUUCCUUCUUGACCUGUGAGGUCAAUAUUGUCAUUAUCCCCAUUUUACAACUGAUGAAACCGACUCCUAAAGAGCUAAGUCAUAUGCUCAAGCCCACACAACUAGUUAAGUGGGAGGCCUUACCAUUUGGCUUUAAAAACUUUUACAACAUCUUUAAAAGACAAGUCUUAAAUGCUUUCUGUCCCCAGAUACUCAUUAGUUGACAAAAGAAGAAGGAAUGCCUUCUGGGGAAUGGCAUCUUCUUCUUGCCUACUACUUGUAUUGUUUACUCACGUCCUCAUGCCCGUUAUCUUGGACUCCAGUAUAAUAUCACUUCCCUUUAGCCAAUCUAAGCACCAGAGAAGCAUGUACCUUUAUCUGUUCCACACAGCCUCUUGCCCUUGACGUUUCUUUGGUUCCGAGAGUGCCAUUGACGUUUUUGGUCAAAGGAAUAGGAAGGAAGGAAAGGAGGAAGGAAGGAACUGUUUCCUCCUUUGGCUCCCAUCACCUUCAGUUUAAAGGCCAAAUGCCAAAGAAUUCUACUUAAGGCCAAGAGAGCUUUACCUUAGCUACCUGCCCCCAGCCCACCCCUGACAUCCUCACACUGUAAUUAAAGUGAAUGUUCCUACUCCAAUAGGGGCCCCGUUUAGCUCCCUCUAGCCAUUGCACAUGCAAUUUCUCCUCCCUGAAAUAUUCUUUUUUCCUUCUUUGCUUGGGAAAAUCUGUCUUAUUAACUCCAUUUAGAUAUUAUCUCCUCUGAUGCCCUAGUUCUGGGAUUGUUGCUCCUUCUCUCAAGUCCCAUGAACCCUUAUGUAGCACACCCUGUAAUUAUAGCACUGAUGUGACAUUUAUUUUGAAAUUGUCCCCUUACAUAUCUGUUUCCCUAACUACAUCUAAGCAUCUGUAGAACAGGGACUGUGUCUUGUUACCCAAGGCAUUCCCUUUACUUAGCACAGUUCCACACUGUAGUGUGUCAGCUAUCCACUGCAGUCUAACGAACCACCCCAAGAUGUUUCUUAUAACACUAUUUAUUUGCUCAUGAUGCUGUGGGUUGGCAGUUUGGGUGGAGCUCUGCUGGGAUGGCGAGCCGCUGCUUCACGUGUUGCUGAUUGGGUUCACACAAACAUUUGUGGUCAGUGAGCAGGUUGAUUGGAGGCUGGCUGAUCUUGGAUGGCUUCAUGUAUAUGUCUCACUGUUGGCUGGGGCUGUUGGUUGAGGUGCCUCAGUUCCACUCAACGUGGCCUUUCCCCACAGCUAGCCUAGCUAGCCCUACAGCUAUCCUCAUUAGGCCUCAUGAGAUGGAAGAGGGUGAGAAGGGAAACUGCAAGACCUUCUGUGGACUUGCUUGAAAGUCACACAGUGUUAGUUCCAUAGCAUUUUGGUGGCCAAAGGAAGUCAUGAUUCUAGCUCAGAAUUAAGAGGUGGGGAAAUAGACUCUACCUUUUGAUAGGAGGAGCUGCAAGGAAUUUUUGGCUAUUUUUAAUCCACCAAGAGUGGGUACUCAACGAUUUAUUGAAUGAAGGACCAAGAAGUUACCUAGUUAUUGAAAGGCCUCAUCUAUCCAGAUGCAAAUUACUCUUCAAAUACUGGGCAUUAAGUUGGGAAUAAAGCCCAAUGCCUCAUGAAGACUUCAGUCAGAAAAUCCUAAAAUGAUAGCUCUACAUGGAGCCAUGGUGAGCACAGUUUAGUCUUAUUUUGCUGGUGAGGAAACUGAGGUGUGGUAUGGUCAGGUGGCAUCCCAACCUCAUGAGGCUUGUUGGGGCGAGAGCCUGGACCACAUGCUGGUCUCCUCCUCUUCAAUCCUAAGUCCUUUACAGUAUAGCCUUCUGCAGUGGAGGCUAAGCCAGUGAAAAUAGGCCUUUGGCUUUGGGAUGUUCAUAAAAUGCAAGUAGUGCCACGCACCUGUGAAGGUAAAGGUGAGUUAAUUUUAAUUGAUUCAGGCCUUGGGUGUUAAAUAUUAUUUUAAAAAAUAAGGGUUUUUGUGUCGUAUGUUGACAGUUGAAUUGCUUUAAAAUUUAGAAACUCCACUCCUAAAUAUAACACAAGAAUUAUUGUAAAUUAACAGUAAUCAAUAUUCCUGAGUUUCUAUUUUACAUGUAUGUGCGUGUCUGUGUGUAUCAAUGUAUUAUGUGAGAUUUCGCUCAUUGAGAAUCCCUGAAAUGGCUUUUUUUGUCUUCACAGAAUACACUUUUGACUUUUCAGGUGUUUGUGUAAUAUGUUUAUAUUCUUGUGAUGAAGAGGGAAAUCAUUUUUUCUUUCUUUAUUAGCAUAGUACGUGCUAUCAGUGCAAAUUUGAAACAGACAUUAAUUCUGCUGCCGAAAGAAAAACGCAGUUGCCUUUUGGGUUGGUGUUAUUGUCUGAUGUGUGAUUAUUAAUCUCUGUUAAAUAAUUGUAUGCAUUGAUAAGGGGACUAGUUGAGAAAUAGUGAGUGACAUGAAGAAGAUAUCCAUGUUUGAGUAGAUUAAAUGAGCAAUCAACUUCAUACCACCUUAUAAAAGGUGAAUGUUGGAGUGGUAGCAGUUAAUAAAUUAAAAGUCAUUGCUUUCAGUUCAAAAUGGAGUCUCACAUUUCCAAAUAUUUAUUCCUUUCAAAUAUGUUAUGAAAAUAAUCUGCUUUCAAGAUCUAUUUUAAACUGAUGAUAUUAGCUGUUCUCUCCUGUUGGGUAUUAAGCCUAUUUCAUUUUGACUCUAAAUGAUCAGAAUAACUCUAGAACAUUUCAGUUUGCUAAUUGAUUAGAGUCUAUUAAUGUCAUUGACCGUGGUUUUACUCAUUUAAGGCAGAAUUUCAGGUAUAAUAUGUUUUCCCUGAGUUCAAAACCAAAAGGACAAUUCUGCAGAGUACCAAAAUGAAGUUUAUUGUCAAAGUUAGCAUAUGGUAUUGUCAAAUGCAUUAAUAUAUGUACUUAAUAUAUGCGUUAUUUUUAAGUUAUGUUGAAAUUUAUUUCUUCUCUUUCUCAAAAAUUGUAGCAUAAUACUUGAAAUUAUAAUAUGAAAAUAGUAUAGCAUGAAAUAAAUCUUAAAUUUUUAAACCAGUGACUUUAGGGUUUCAGCUUUUCCUAUCUUUUAGACAAAUUAGCCAUUUUUUAUCCUAAGAAAGGGUUGCAUUGUAAAGCUGAUCUACUACUGACCUAUCAGAGAAAACACAUGGGACUCAUACCUAAUUCUCUAAUGUAGCCAAAAGUGCCAUUUGUAAAACUACUUAAUGAUGGAUGUUUUCUGAAGCUCUUUUGCCUGAAAAAAAAAAAGUGCAUUAAAAAGCUUUUUCUCUACUAUA